AUGGACGGCCGACAGAACGGAUACGCGCAGCCCAGCGGCAACUACGCCUUCGGCAACAACCGACCGCAGGCACAGCGCUCACAACGCGAUGUCAUUUAUAAUCCGAAUGAGAUCCGGCGCAACGAAAACAAAAGUGAAUAUAAUGAUCUGCUGCUGGAAGUAAGGAAAAAUUUGGAUGGUAUUAGAGAUACUUAAGUGUGUGUAGAGUGUUAUGAAGAAAAUUUGUGAAACUUGAAACGGUCUGAACGGGGAAAAAUUUGAUUUUUCGCCUUGUCUUGGGCUAAAAAUUGAAAAAAACCAAAAAAAUGACGAAAAUAUCGGAGAAAACUGUCUGUGUUGCGAAAAACGCGUUUUUUCCAACUUUUUAACCUGUGAGAAUUCCAUUUUCACUUUGAAAACUCCAAAAAUUUGAAUAUUUAAAUAUGUCAUCAUGACGGAUUUUCUGGAAAUUUUGAAAACAACCGGAAUUUGAAGAGAUGCAGUGAUGGACCUGAUCCAGUGGCAAAAAAUGUACCGUUUUGCAUCCGGGAAGUAUCAAAAAUGUAGCAAAAUUCCUCCUUCUCCAACUAAAAAACUCCGUUUUGAACGGCGCGCCCUCGCAAAAAGAACGCGCGAGAUUUUGAAAUCGGAGUUUUUUCACUUGGAGAAGGAGGUAUUUUGCUAUAUUUUUGAUACUUCCCAGAUGCAAAAUGGUACGUUUUUUGCCGCUGGAUCAGGUCCGCCACUAUAUCUCUUCAAACUCCGGCUGUUUUCAAAAUUUCUAAAAACUCCGUCAUGAUGACAUACUCAAAUAUGUAAAUUUUUGGAGUUUUCAAAGCGAAAAUGGAAUUUGUACUGUGAGAAACAAGUAAAAAAAUCGGUUCUGACAACACACACAGUCUUUGCCGACUUGUUUUCAAAAUUUCCAAAAAAUCCGUCAUGAUGACAUACUUAAAUAUGCAAAUUUUUGGAGUUUUCAAAAUAAAAAUGGAAUUCUCACGAAAAUGACUACCGGAUUUGAAAAAGAAAUUCCAAAAUUAUUGACCGUUUCGAGUCUGAAAUCCGUAUUUUAGGAGCUGGCCCGGCUCUCGGCCCAAUUACAUCAACAAGAACGAGAAGAAGCCCAACAAGCCCGCGCAUCCACCUCACAAUCCCAGGCCAGACCCCAACUCCGCCACCAAUCACAAUCCGACCUGAGAAUGAGCGAAGAUUCGUCGUCCCCGCCACCUUGUUCAUCAUCAAAUGAUUUGAACGCCGAAUUUCAAGCUCAACAGGCCGCAAAUGAAGCCUCAACGGAGCCGGAAGUGAGGGGACCGGGCCUCCCGUUCAUGUUCUUGAGGGAUCAGUCGUCCUCGCCGUUGGGAACUUACAAUGUUGGGAUUUUUGAUGUUUUGGGCUUCAAUGUUGGUAAGGAGAAUAUAUUUUUUGAUGAUUUUUUAGGGGAAUUUGCGAUUUUAUGAAAGAUUAUAGAAUAUUAUAUUGGAUGAGGGCUUUGUAGGCCAUGAGAUUGACAAAAGUUUGAGUUUUGUUUUUUUUUUUGACAAAAAGUCAUCUAAAAUAAGGUAAAACUUGCUAAAAACUGGAAUUUUUGAUAGCCCUAGAUAAUAAAUUUGUAUGUAAAAUACUCUCAGAUCUUUAUUCUUUCCAGGAGGAGAAGCUCGACUGGUUUUUGGCCAUCUGCGCGCUUGCGUUUUCCCCGGAUUUCACGAUUACUACCAAUACCUGAAUGAUCUCGAAAUCUGCCUCAUGGACGCAACUCCAUACCAAAUGGACCAGCUCUAUCAACAUAACGCCUUCCCAAGGGAUGCAGGAAACGCCAUGCUCAUCCGGCAUUCGUCCGCGCACAAUUUACUGGGACAUAUGUGGAUCAGUGGGGUUCGGCCGCUGAAUGGAAUGGGAGACCUCGAUUUGAGGAUGCCGGAGGACCUGCAACGCCAACUGGAGGGCGAGAAAAUGACGGUAAGGGGGCAUACUGGGAAUGGAGGUGUGGUAAAACUUUUGGUUUUGAGGUUGAAAGGGAUUGGAAGUGAUUUUUGACCUUAUACUUGAGAUUAGAGAGGUCCGAAAGAAAAAAGGCCAAAAGUUUUGGAUUUUGAUCGAAUAUGAUGGGAGUUUUUGGUAAAAUACGGUAGGCAUUAUGUGAAUUUUUACCCCAGAUUAGUUUUAUGACUUUAAGUUUAGAAAAAAUUGUAAAAUUUUCAAAUUUUAUGAUGAAUAAGGCGCUGUACGGACAAAUUUUUGAAUUUUUGGAGGUUUUUGCAUUGUUUUGUCUGGACAGUCAGGUUACAACAAGAUUGUAGGAAAAUGUGGGACGUAGUAUGUUGUAUUUAAAGAUAUAUGGUCAGGAAUAGCAGCUUGGAUCUUGUUUUAGACGCUUUUGGUAUCGAAUUAAAAGGAACUGGGACGAUUGGGGAAACCGAAAAGUAUUAUUUUUCUUCGAUGAAAGUGUUGAAAUUAGGAUAAUCGAGGGUGCUGAUUUUGAAAAUGACAUUAAUUUUUUUUUUGAUCUUAACUUUCUUCUUUUGGUGGUACUGUAAAGUAGUGAUUUUUUGAUUUUUUUCACGAAUACUCGAUUUGGAGGUUUUCGAUGGUGCUGAUUUCAAAUCAGAAAGAAUGAAUAAGAUUUUCGAAAUCAGCAAGGUCGAAACCCCCAAAUCGAGUAUUUGUGAAAAAAUUUCAAAAAAUCACUACUUUACAGUACUACUUAAGAAAAAAAGUAAAGUUCAAAAAAAUUAAUGUCAUUUUUGAAAUCAGCACCCUCGAUUAUCCUAAUUCACACUUGCGUCGAAGAAAAACAAUACUUUUCGGUUUCCCCAAUCGUCCCAGUUCCUUUUAGUUUUAUAUUCCUGAUCAUGUAUCUUCAAAUACAACAUACUACGUCCCACAUUUUCCAGCAAUCUUGUUGUAACCUGAUUGUCCAGACAAAACAAUGCAAAAACCUCCACAAAUUCAAAAAUUUAUCGUACAACACCUUAUCAUCAGAAAAUUUGGUAAAUUACAAUUUUUUUCCACACUUACAGUCAUAAAACUAAUCUGGGAUAAAAAUGAACACCCAAUCGUCGUAUUUUACCAAAAACUCCCACCUUUUCCCCAAUCGUCCCAGUUCCAAUCUGAUCUAUUUUUUAAAAUCCCUCUCUUUUUAUCUCAUCCAUGAAUCUAAAUAUUUUCAGCUCCAUUGCAUGAUGUUCGGUUACCAUAAAGGCUUCUAUUACCCCUCUUUACUGGGCCAACAUUGCAUUGUUUGCGAAGAUUGUGGAUGUUUUAUGAUGCCGAACCAAUUCUCCAUCCAUUGCCAUCACUCGGUGGACGCGGCCCGCGAGAAGAAGCUCAGAUACUGGGGAUUCCAGCAGGACCGAUGGCACACUCAUCUCUUUUUGCCCUUCAAAUUGGAAUACUCGGACGAAUACCUGAAACAAUAUGAAAUCCUGAGGGAAAAGGGACCUCUGAUCUAUAAACGGGAGCUUGUCUACGAAAGAAACAAUGUCCCGCUGUCCUACGACGCCGUCAUGCAAGCCUUCGACAUUGCUCAUCAAGUUUUGUAUGCGCAGGAACCUCAUGUAAGAGAUUGUUUUGAAAAAAUUUGGCGCUACAACUUUUCGGGUCGGCGACAGUUGUCAACGAGACUAUGGAUCGCCUCAGUUCGGCGUUGUAUGCAUGGGGAGGCUAGGAGAAGACUUAGUUAGUAGAAAUUGUAAGCUUGAGGGUCCUAGGCUAGCUUAUCACCUAUUUUGAGGCAUUUUACAUGCACUCACAUCAAUAUUAUUUACAAGGGAUUUACCCAAAGUGUGACGCUCUGAUUUUCUUUAAAUUUUGCACACACUUCGAGCAUAGACUAGAUAUCAAUUCCUCAAAGUUUUAGCUUGCGCUUUGAAGUCGCAGCCAAGAUAUUCAACGGUCUUUUCGGUCGAGAGAGUACGCUAAACGCGGAGAACGGUCAGAGAGCAGAACACUUUUUGGCCAUAACUUUGCUAGUUUCGUGCAAAAAAAAGGAUUUUUUGUGGAAACAUUAACCUUUACGGUACAAAUGGGGAUGCAAUUUUUCGUGCCGAAAUUCGACAAAAAGUCUCAAAUUUUCGUCGACUUUCGACCUAAAAAUCUUGGUUGUUUAUGCAAAGCGCGAGCUAGGAUUCUUGCAUAUGUCAUAGAAAAAAUUGCUCUAAAUUUGUGCCAAGUUUCAUAAAAAUGGACGUCGCACUUUGAGUACUUCCCCUGUUAGAUAAAAGUUACGGAUCUUCGUUUUUUGUCGCAAAUUUUGGUCUUUUAUAUGUUGCAGUAACUCAGGGUAAAAAAACAAACGUUAGUAAUAGCUAGAAUUAGAAAAAGUGAACAUAUUGAAAGUCUCCGCCAAGCCUUCGCCGAGCGUCCGCCGAACAUCCAAAACAUCCAACGGCUUUUCCAGGCGUCGUAGGCAUCUCCUACAGCCCUUUUUCUUGGGUAUCCACCUGACCUACGCCCCGUGUCGAUCGAUUUUGUGUUGAAAAAUUUGAUGAUUUUCUGGAAAAAAAAUUUUUUAAAAUAUUAAAUAAAUCCAUUUCAGCCCUCUCCAGCGCCAGAGGCCCUGCAGUCCGUGCAGCCUCUCCCUCCGAUUUCCACUUCUACCGCCUUCCCCAACGCCGUCUCCUUGGAGGCGCAGAUCUCGGCCCUUUUUUCGGGCAACCAACUCAGUCAACAGGAGGUCAGCCAACUCCAAGCCCUCAUCCAAUGCAUCACCGGACCGCCCGUGGUCGCUCAACAACCCGUCAUCACACAGCCGAUCGAGCAGUCGGUCCAACAAAAUUAUCUUCAACAACUCAUUGCCGCCAAUUCCCACCCCACCCACAGGACCAACCCCAUCUCGGAUCCCGAUCAACCAGGCCCCUCGGGCUUCAGAAUGGCCUCAAGAAGCAGCAAGGAAGAGGACCCGGACCAGCCUGGAACUAGCAAACAGUAA